GUUUCACUGUCCUGUCUUUGAAUAAGAGUAUAAAUCUUGUCUCUGCCCCGACGAAAUUGCCUGUUCUUUUCCCCUCGAACUCUUUGAUAUCAAGUCAUCCGCCGUGCUUCACUUCUCAGCUCGUCUCAAACUGAUCUUCGUUUGUACCGUAUCCACGCGAUUAACUCGUGAUGGCAUGGCAAUUUGGUCAACAGCCCAUCUGGGAAGGGUAUCAUGGUAUGGAUAACAUGCACCACCCUUUGGCUACUCCAGGUGCGGAUUGGCGCCCUACCGCAGAAGUCAAUGAACCAACGUCUAUUCCAUCUCCUGAUUAUGGUACACCCUUCCCCACCUACCUCAUACCUAUCCCAAGCGACGGUGGCUUAGCCUUCCAUGAGCCAUAUCCCCGGGACAGGGCGAUGAGGCAGACCACGUCUCUUCGCCUUCUCCACCAACCUGCCGCAAUUUCCAAUCCACGGUCCGCACGCAGCUCUUCCGCCAGCGGAUUGGCUCAACCAUCAUCAAACGGACGACGCCUCGCAGUUGGCGAGACUAGCCGCCAGAGACGGAGCUCGCAGACUCCGUCUCAGAGAAACAAUCGCACCGCCAAUCCCCGCAGAACGACUCCCCUGCAAUGCAAGUGGGAAGACUGUCACUAUCUCGGCAGGUUCCAACGCGUCUCUGAGCUCAUCCGCCAUAUUCGCAACCUGCACAUCACUCCGCUCGCUUAUCCUUGUCCUGUGCCGGAUUGUGACAAGACCUGUAACCGGGAAGAUAAUCUUCUGCAGCAUAUGCGUACCCGCCAUAAUCUUCGUUGAGUGGUGUUGUUUGUCUUUCUCUCUGUCUAUGUGUGUGUGUGUGUGUGUGUGUGUGUGUGU